AUGGACGCUUACAUUCCCCUCGGCCAGCGCGGCGAGUGGGCAGAUCUCGAGCCUGUGCCGCAGAACGAUGGGCCAAAUGCUCUCGUCCCGAUCAUGUACACCGAGGAGUACCGCGACUCGAUGGACUACUUCCGCGCUGCCAAAGCCAAGGACGAGAAGAGCGAGCGCGUCCUGGACCUCACCGAGAAUAUCAUCAGACUGAACCCUGCGCACUACACCGUGUGGCAGUACCGCUUCGCUACCCUCCUGGCCCUGCAAAAGGACCUCAACGUUGAGCUCGAGCUCAUGAACGAGUUUGCAAGGGAGAACCUCAAGAGCUACCAGGUGUGGCACCACCGUCUCCUCCUCCUCACCCACCUCUCUCCCGCGGACCCCCAGUCCGAGAUCGACUUUAUCCACGCCUCACUUGGGCCCGAUCCCAAAAACUACCACACUUGGGCGUACCUCCACUGGCUCUACUCUCACUUUGGCGACUUGGGUCGUAUCACAGCUCAGAAGUGGGCCGACGAGUUGACGUGGUGCGAGGAGAUGAUCGCCGACGACGGGCGCAACAACAGUGCAUGGGGCUGGCGCUGGUUCCUCCGCAUGGCCCGCCCUGGCGCUACUGCUGCACAGGACGGCGGCCACGAGGAGAUUGCCUAUGCCGUGCGUGAGAUUCACCGCAUCCCGCACAAUGCCUCGGCAUGGAACUACCUCCGUGGCCUGAUACGUUCCCUGUCGGCGCAGCGCGCAGAGCUUGUUCCCAUCCUCGCGCCGUACAUGACCGGAGCGGCGGUCGACCUCCCAGCAGACAAUGCGGACGCGACUGCGUCAUGGCCGGCACGUACUGCUCCCCUGGGCGAGGAGACGCCCACACCCAUCCCCCUCGCUCUCGAGUUUUUGGGCGACGCCCUCAUCGAGAGUGGCAAGCUUGGCGAUGCGGCAAGCGUGUUCGCGCAGCUGGGCGAUGAGGUGGAUAAGAUGCACUCGGCGUACUGGGGUCUGCGCAAGGCCGAGUGCGUCAAUGCGUAA